AUGGAUUUUCUCUUCCGGCGGCACGCGGCACGCGGAGCGGCACACGGCAGCGGCACGGCUCCCGUGCAGGUGAGAGAUGGGCGAGGUCGCACGGGCACCAAAGACAAAGGUGCCCCGCACACACCACAACGCGCCCAGGUAGCCUUCUCGCCCGAGAGGAAGCACAGUCACUUUGCGGACUCGACGAACCUCGGCAUCUCCACACCCGUUCACUCCGCCACCGCGAAUCCUUCGCGUCGUUCGGUCAGGGGGCCUCACGCAGGAGCGCUCAACCCACCCCGUCGGCUAAGCGACCGACCUUCCACUCGUCGCAACCCUUCGACUCCACGUGGCAAGGAUGCACCGUCACAGGUGCCCGUGCUGGUCCUGCUGGCGCUACAGCUGCUGCUGCUGGGCGUGGACCCGGGCCGCGCUAGAGUCCUCGAACGCUCCACCCACGGCCCCCACCGCCGACUCCACAGGAGGGCCUUGGCGGCCGCGCCCGCAGGCCGCGUCGGCAAGGGCCUGCUCCGACCCCACGCGGCCCCUCUGGCGGCCUCGGGCGGCGAGCAGCAGGUGUCGGUGCAGCUGCCCGCCGACAGCGUCACCAGCUCCGGGCCGUCGCCCGUCGUCUUCAACCACGUCUACAACAUCAAUGUGCCGCUCGGCUCCAUGUGCAGCGUGGACCUGCAGGCGGCGCGGGGAGCGGCCGGGGCUGCGGCCGCUGCUUCUAUCACUCCAGGCCACUCUCACGUAGAGCGCACGGAAGACGGCGAGAACAGCGUGGUCUUCACGCACCGCAUCAACAUCCCUCCGCAGGCGUGCGGGUGUGGAGGGGCCGGCGGUGGGGGGGCCCUGCCCAACCUCCAGGACCUGCUCAGUCGCCUGGAGGCCAUGGAGAACGAGGUCUCCUCUCUACGCCAGCUCUGCUCCGGAGCCUCCGGGGGCUGCUGCAACGGGGGCCAGGGGAACGCGGCGAGUGCUGGCCGCACCGACUACCUGCCCGCGUGCGGAGGCCACGGCUCCUUCAGCCUGGAGACAUGCGGCUGCAUCUGCGAGCCGGGCUGGAGCGGCAAGAACUGCACGGAGCCGACGUGCUCGCCGCCGUGCGUGCACGGCCGCUGCGUCGACGGCGCGUGCCUGUGCGACGAGGGCUACUCGGGGCCCGACUGCCGCGUGCUCAAGUGCCCCAACGACUGCAACGACUACGGCCGCUGCGUCGACGGCAAGUGCGUGUGCGACGACGACUACACGGGCGACGACUGCAGCGAGCAGCGCUGCCCGAACGAGUGCAGCGACCGGGGCAACUGCGUGGACGGGGUGUGCGUUUGCGACGAGGGUUUCACUGGCGAGGACUGCAGUGGGACCCGGUGUCCGAAUGACUGCCAGGACCGCGGCCGCUGUGUCAAUGGCCAGUGCGUGUGCGACGAAGGCUUCACCGGCGACGACUGCAGUGAACUGACCUGCCCGGAUGACUGUAAGGACAGAGGACGAUGCGUCGAUGGGAAAUGCAUCUGCGACGAAGGCUUCACUGGUGAAGACUGCGGCGAAUUGACCUGUCCCAACAACUGUCAAGACAAAGGAAGAUGCGUCGAUGGGAAAUGCGUCUGCGAUGAAGGUUUCACGGGCGAAGACUGCAGUGAAUUGACCUGUCCCAACAACUGUCAAAACAGAGGACGAUGCGUCAAUGGGAAAUGCAUCUGCGAUGAAGGUUUCACUGGGGAAGAUUGCAGUGAAUUAACCUGUCCCAAUGAUUGUCAAGACAAAGGAAGAUGCGUCAAUGGUAAAUGCAUCUGCGAUGAAGGUUUCACUGGGGAAGACUGCAGUGAAUUGACCUGUCCCAAUAAUUGUCAAGACAAAGGAAGAUGCGUCAAUGGGAAAUGCAUCUGCGAUGAAGGCUUCACUGGAGAAGAUUGUAGCGAACUUAGGUGUCCCAACGACUGCAGUGACAAAGGAAGAUGCGUCGACGGGAAAUGCGUCUGUGAUGAAGGCUUCACUGGGGAGGAUUGUAGUGAACUUAGAUGUCCCAACGACUGCAGUGACAAAGGAAGAUGCGUCGACGGGAAAUGCGUCUGUGAUGAAGGCUUCACUGGGGAGGAUUGUAGUGAACUUAGAUGUCCCAACGAUUGUCAAGACCAAGGAAGGUGCGUCGAUGGCAAAUGUGUCUGCGAUGAAGGCUUCACUGGGAAGAUUGUAGCGAACUUAGUGUCCCAACGACUGCAGUGA